GUCCCGCCGCGCUCCGGACGCGGCAGAGGCGCGAGGACGGAGCCCGGCUGAGGAGCGCAUCUCUCCCCGCGUCAGGACAGCCAGAGGACGGAAAGCCGCAGCCAUGCUCGCCGCGUGUCUGGAGUUCGUGGGCCUGGCGCUGUGCGUGUCGGGCUCGCUGCUGGUGAUGGUCGCGUGCGGCCUGCCCAUGUGGAAGGUCACCGCCUUCCUCGACUCCAACAUCGUGGUGGCGCAGACCAUCUGGGACGGCCUGUGGAUGUCGUGCGUGGUGCAGAGCACGGGCCAGAUGCAGUGCAAGAUGCACGACUCGGUGCUGGCCCUCACGCAGGACCUGCAGACGGCGCGCGCGCUCACGGUCAUCUCCGCCGUGCUCGGCGUGGUGGGGCUCACGGUGACCGUGGCCGGCGCGCAGUGCACCAACUGCAUCAGGGACGAGGCGGUGAAGGCGCGCGUGGUGCACGCGGGAGGCGUGGUGUACAUCAUGAGCGGGCUCUUCGUGCUCGUGCCGCUCUGCUGGAUGGCCAACAACAUCAUCGUGGACUUCUACAACCCGCAGGUGCCGGAGUCCCGGAAGCGCGAGCUGGGCGCGGCCAUCUACAUCGGCUGGGCCGCGAGCGCGCUGCUGCUGCUGGGGGGCACGCUGCUGUGCUGCUCCUUCUCCCAGGGGGUCCGUGGCUCCUACCCCAUCAAGUACGCCCCCACCAAGACCAUCACGGCCAACGGGGACUUCGACAAGAAGCACUACGUGUAGCCUGCUCCACGCGCGCCUCCGGCGCACCGGGGACCCUGGAUUUGGGGCCAAAGCGGCCAAAAAA